AUACGGCAAAUGAUCAAGGUACAUUGUGGGCUCCAUACUUUAUAUUGACAAAUAAGAUCCCAAUGAUUGAUAAUGAAUUGAUAUGGAGUUCGAAUUACAAUACAAGUUACUUACAAUUAUUUAUUUAAUUGUCUAUAGCACAAGUAACCCAGGCAAUGCAGUAAAAAACGUGAUUCUACGUAGAAACGAUUUGAUGACCUAGAAACGUAAAAUCGUAAGAUUUUAAGUUUUAAAGCGUAGAUUUUGACUACAUUUAUAAGGGAAAAGUGUGAUUCGACUUAGAAGCGCUUUGGUGACUUAAAAGUGUAAAAGAGUAAGUUUUUAAGUUUUAAAUCGCGAUUUUGACUACAUUGAAGCCAUGGUUAAAACACUGUUUGCUCAAAUAACUGCAGUUGUUGGGUUAGGUUGAAUAAUUGAUCUUAUAUAAUUUACUAACACACUUUCUCAAAUAAAAUCAGGCUUGAAGUUUGCACAAAUUUGAUUAUCACGCGCUUAGCAAAUGAGGUCGCCAAGGUUCAAAUACAAGACCUCUUGGUCAUCCAUUCUUAAUUUGACGCGGCCUAGUGUCAUCCCGUGACACUCUUCCUCCUCCCUAGUAAUUUUUUUUUUUUUGUGUACUUACAAUUAGGGGUGUGCAACGGUUCGGUCUGGUGAUCCUCAUGAGAACCGCGGUCCAGUAGUGAAAGACAUCUUAGGACCAAAGACCGGACCAUCAUUGUAUUCGGUCCAUUUGGUCUGGUUCGGUCUUGUCCAAAUAUAAGCUCGGUUCAUCAUUUCUUCAAUAAUUGUAAAAUUCAUGUAGACCAAGGACCGAACCGGACCGCACCAAACUUUGGUUUGGUCUGGUGCGAUUCGGUCCCAAACCAGACCAUUGUACACCUCUACUUACAAUUUAGCUAACAUCCGAUGAAAAUUUUGUUGCUAAUAUUGAAUAACUACACUUUUGAUUUUCAAUGGAUCACAUGGACCAUUGUUAUUUGUAGAUAACUCGUUAGUAAAGUUUGAAUAGCUGUUAAAAGUACUGUUAUUAUACCUAUCAAAGUUAUCAGAUUUAUUACGUAAGGUAUAACGGCGAAAAGGAGAAGAAGGCGGGCUACAAGAAAAAUUCAUGUUUUCAAUAAACGUUAUCCAUCAUGCAUUUGUAAUGUCGUUCAUUCUCAAUUGGGUGCGCCCUAAUUUUUAUUUACAAUUAAUUACUAUACCUAAUUUACCUAUUUUCCAGUUUUUCCUACCCUCUAACACUCUAGCUAAGCUCCUUUGCAAAUAGCUCCAGCUCAUGCAUUAUUUUACCACUGUACGUUAUAACUACGUACUUAAGGCUAAUCUUGUGGUAAGAGGACAAAGUAAGCCAAGCUGAGCUGCAUGUGAAAGGUACGUAUUACUGUGGCGGGUUAAACUUAAAACUUAAAACCAAAGUCCUUUAAUUAAAGCAUAUGCAUGGGUGGGUUUCAUUCGCGUGGGGUCACUGUAGAGUAAGUAAUUAAUUAUGGCCUACAUUACAUGCAUGCAAGUUCCAUGUGCCCUUGUUCGAUAUAUAUAUACACGCAUAAUUUAAGCGACCCAAUAAAUUAUGAUUAUUGUCCACUUGGUGUAAACAGAUCUACAACCAUAACAGAAAAAAAAAAUAGAAAACACAAACCUAUUUAGUUGAUAAUCUGAAAAAUAAUGAAAGCAGACAACAAGAAACAAAAACGCGUUCAAUUACUACUAUUAGAAUUAAAAACCAUAAAAGAGAGGAGGCGGCGGCGGGGGAAAGGAUUCGAAGUCGGCGACGGGAAUAUAGAGGAGGAGGCGACAGGGAUUGCGAGGUCGGGCGACAGGGGAAAGGGAGGCGGCGGGGGCAAAGGGAUGAAAUCGACGACGAGGGGGAGAUGGACGAUAUCGACGGCCUGGGUCUCGAGAGGAAGAAGUUGAGAGAGGAAGGGUGAUGUUGGGCGGCGGGUUUGGGAGAAAACGAGGGUAGGAUUGGCCGACUAGGGUUUCGAGGUGGGUUUGGGAGUUAAAAAAAAAAGAGAAAUUUUUUGCUUUAGGUGGGAUUCAAAUUGAGGGUUGUUUUAAUGAAAACAAACGGGAAUCCCGUGUAAAACAUGUACAAAAAUCAAAUCCAAAGCAAUAAAUUGUUGUUUCUCAAAUUAGGGGCAUGUUGUGCAAAUCUGAUUCACAACAAAAAAUAGAAAUCCAACUAAACAUGUUUUUUUUUCUUGGUUUUUCCAAUUUUGAAAAACACAACAGAAAACAAAAACAGGCAACAAUACUAAACGGGUUACGCUCGCUCGUUGUAGAGUUUGAAACGCACGUUAGAGCUUAACUGUUGUGUUGUUAUGAACCCGAUCGACCUCAAGCUACGUACAUUUAUCUACUUACGUUACGUACCGGCCGGUCCACUCCAAUAUAUAAUGGGGCGGGGCUACCGGCUAUUAAUUGAGCCCGAUUGCCCGACCGGCCAGCCAGCCAGCCGAAAGUGGCGAGCGAGUGCAGUGACCUAAGCUAAGAACAUUCCUUCCUGCCCUCUUAAUUAUAUAUAUUCAGGCCGCCGAAGCUUGAUCGACCUCAAAUAAUUCCCUUCAUAUCAGAUCGAUCGAUCAAUGGAUUCCCUUUUUCCUUCCGCAGCAGCUACCUGCAGAUCAUGGCUGUAAUGCAUUAUUAUUAUUAUUAUUAUUAUUAUUAUUAUUAUUAUUAUUAUAUAGUGCAUGUGCCAGUUGCCAUUACCCUGCGGCCAUGGCAUGCAGCAGACGCGCGAUAUUUUCGAUCCCUUUUGUUUAGGGAUGACUAUACGUUCCGGUGCAGUUAAAUUGGACCAAAUUGAUCCGGUUCCAGUCCGGUCUUUUCGGGAAUAUAAAGACCAAAGAUUGGAUUGGAUACAGUCCGGUCUUGCUCCGGUCCGGCCCCAAUUUUAUCUUGAUUUUAGGUGUUGGGGGGUCUCUUAUCCGGUUUUUUACCUCAAAUCUAAGCCUGAAUAUGAGAUUGCAUUGUUUGCUAUCCGGUCCCAGUCCGGUCCCGGUCCGAGUUAUAUGGUCCGGUUUCGGAUAAAACCAAACAGUCCGGGACCAAAUAACCAGCCCUACUUUUGUUACCACUUGACAAACUAAUAAAUCUAGGAAUGGAAUGGUUACCGGCCCGGGAGCUCGUUGACCGGGCAAAUACCCAAUAAAGGAAACCCUCCAUCUCUACUCUUAACGGUCCAAUUAAAGCUGUCGUCGUUUUUACUUUUUAUUUUACUCUUCUUCCUUUUUCAUUUUUUCACUGUUCAUCGCCAUCUACAGCUGAAUGUUUUUGGUUGUAGUUAGGUUCUAAUGCCAUCACCUUCAAACCCUAUUUCACCAAAUUGUUGAUCGAGGAAAUUGUUGUCAUAAACCAGUUGGUCCCAAUAACUCGAGUUGUUGGGAGAAGGUUAUGCUGGAUCUUAUACAGGCCAGUGUAUGGUGCUUAACCACUUCCUUACACGCCCCCUCAAACGAAAGCCGACUCAUGGGCUUGAAAGUUUGCACAGGCCCAGCCCUACCAUGUGCUUGAAAGACAACGGUUAAUAUUGGGGGUCGUGAGGACUUGAACACGUGACCUCAAGGACAAACCAGGCUCUGAUACCAUGUCAUAAACCAGUUGGUCCCAAUAACUCGAGUUGUUGGGAGAAGGUUAUGCUGGAUCUUAUACAGGCCCGUGUAUGGUGCUUAACCACUUCCUUACAAUUGUAUACCAAACUAUUUAUUUGGGAAUACAUUUGACAAAAGAAA